CAGUUCUCUUGGACAGAAUACACAAAAAAUCCAAGAUGGCGGACUGUUGACCGCCAAACGGCGCAAAAGGAAGCAUACCGUUUCCUCCUCUUUCUCCAUUCCUGUUGGCAUCUGUGGAACAGAUCGGUUGAUAGUUGCAAAAUCUGGCAUAAUGAAGGCUGCAAUCAUUCCUGGAAAUGGUGCUGGUGAUGUUUUUCAUGCCAACUGGUAUGGAUGGGCAUACAAGCAAAUAAACAAAUUAGAGAAUGUAACCUGUAGUUUAGAGAAUAUGCCUGAUCCCAUCACAGCAAGGGAGUCCAUCUGGAUUCCAUUCAUGCGUGACAAGUUGGAAUGCAAUGAGGACACCAUUAUCAUAGGUCAUAGUUCAGGGGCAGAAGCAGCUAUGAGAUUCGCUGAACAGUACAAGGUCAAGGGCAUCAUUUUAGUGUCAGCAUGUGUCACAGACCUGGGGGAUGAGAAUGAGCGGGCCAGUGGGUACUACAGCAGACCCUGGGAGUGGACAAAAAUCAAGGCUAACUCGGGCUUUGUGGUACAGUUUGGGUCCACUGAUGACCCCUUUAUACCCUGGGAGGAGCAACAAACUGUAGCUGACCAACUGGGUACUGACCUCAGAAAAUACUCUGAUAAAGGUCACUUCAUGAACAGCACAUUUCCAGAACUGAUUAAUGUAGUCAAAGAAAAGAUGAAACAAUAAAUAUUUCCAUUUC